UGUUGAAGAUCGUAAACCGUGGAGAUAGAAAGAACUAGCAAAGAGGCACACCAAUGAAGGUCCGGUGAUCGCGAGAGGAAGGAGACUGCCGACCUGAUGUUCCAACGAGUGUGAGACAAAUAUCGCCAAGUGGGUUACAGAGAUAGACGUUAUCAAGGCCGUUUCUGGCAACCGUGGCCUGUUCUACUGCUGUUAUUUUGUUGCAAUAUUUCAGUGAUGCAAUCACAGGGCAGCACUUCCUCCCAGCCCUCUGUUGAUUCACUGAGCUCCAGUGACAGCUACCUGUUCAACCACUCUGAGCAGGCGGAGGAUGACACUGAUGUCUUCCUGUCUGAACGCUCCCCCGCCGUCAUCCUCGGCACUGGGGGCAUGGUCAGGGGCAACGGGAGUGCCGGGGCAGAGAGUCCCGAGUCCCAGUGGGCGUGUGACGGCUUCACUGACCGCGAGGAGGAGGAGUCACAGGGUUCAGAGGUCACUGGAGGUCACCCCAGGGUCACAGCUGAGAGACAGAGAACAAGCGAGACGGAGAGAGAGAAGACAGAGGGAGACCUGCUCUUUGCCCAGAAGUGUGCUGAGCUGCAGGGGUUUGUAAGGCCCCUACUGGAGCUGCUGAAUGGACUGAAGGGGGGACGAUUUGACCGUGGUCUGAGUAGUUUCCAGCAGAGUGCAGCCAUGGACCGCAUCCAGAGGAUCGUAGGGGUCUUACGGAGACCCAGCAUCGGGGAAAAGUAUAUGAACACUCUUCUCCAGGUGGAGACUAUGCUGAAGAUGUGGUUUCCACAGGUGUCCCCCUUUGCCCCACCUACCGCCCCUACCCUCUUCCCCCCUCACCUCUCCCCCCGGGACAGCCCCAGCAGCACCCCCCCACACAGGCACAGAGACCAGUCGCACAUCCCUGUGAAGAAGCGCAGACUGAGUUGGUCAGACACAGACUCUGACACCCCCCCUCCUGUACUCUUUAAGAGGCUCACCGCCAGUGGAGGAGAGAAGAUGGGGAAGGAGGGGGGAGAGGUCACCUCUGCAACUUCAGGGGUACCCCCACACCCCCAGGACCCCACCAUCGACCAAGAGAAUGAGAGAAAGGAAGACGAGGACAGCAAAGAGAGAGAGGGAGAAUCAUCAAGCAACAAAGCAGGGCUCUAUUCUGAGCCCGGUCCCACCUCGGUCCUUGUAGUGCCCAUCCUUUCCCCCUGGAAACCAAUGGAGGGGAAACAGCUGCUGCCUGUCAUGCCACCUCCCACCACCAGGGGCAGUCCAGCCAUGCAGGACAGCGUAAUCUCUUCCACCACGCCCUUCAACAACCUCCAAAGCCAGCAGCAGCCAAUCGGGUGCCAAAGCCAGCCUGUUGCCGGGAAGACUGGGAAAAAGACUGUAAAGACCUGUCAGGGGCGGGUCCAGGCUCAUUCAAUCACGGCAAAGCCUUUGAAAAGGGGGGAGUGUAAGAGCAGGGUUAACCCCGCCCCUUUAUAGACCUGAUGCACUGAGCACACUCCGCCCAGCAGGCUAGUGUGACUACGUCAACAUGCUAAAGCUGCUGUGAUAGGGAGAGUCAGGGGUAGAAAUGGUCUGCAGUCCAAACACUUUAUGUUUAGCCCCUCAGCCCUCGUACUAGCCACUCUCCCUUGGGGGAAUCCCCUUUGAAACCGGAUGCAAUUUGAUUGCCAUCUUAAGUGGAGGUCCAAUUCACUAACGUUUCCCCCUCGGCCCUCGAUUUAGCUCGAGGGAGCGAGUGAAGAACUUUGAUCACUUGCGGGGUUUAUAUGACCCACAAUUCAAUGCAAAUUGUAGUCAUGUAUCAUACUCCGGUGGCCGCGAAUGUCACGUUCACUCAUCACGGCUGCAUUUUCGGCCUGUCAGACAAAAUGAUGAUUCUAGCUUGCUAUAUAUAUAUAUGACAUUGAUUUUAGCGUUGCCAAAUUGGCUUAGUCUCGUAGUGAGGAGCCUAUAAAACCUAGCUAGCUUCAUAAACAUAUUUUGGGGAAUUCUGAAAUGUAUUGCAAUAAAUGACCAAACUAAAAAACUAGCUAGCCAGCUAUGGAGCACUUUAGCUAGCUAGCUAGCUACGUUAGCUUGCUAGAUACAUGAAUAGCUUUAAGUUGGUUGUUUUUAAGCUCAACUUCCAGAUUUCCACUAAGGAUGUUGCCUCCGAUCAUCACUCUCUAAUUUGAAUUUGGACUGCAGCCAUAGGUUUAGGUGCUGAUGAGUUUUCUUAAUGAUGGAUCUUUUGCAACUACCUAAACGCAAUUAGGACCAUUAAUGAAAAUGAUAUCUGAGAGACUACAGUUAUUACAACGAGGGCAGAAUGUGUCCUUGUGAAUCAUAAUCACAGUUCCAUAACAAUCAGAUUUUUUUGCACAAAUAGUGGUUGUAGAUUGGAAGGUUGGUAAGCACCUCUUAUAGCCCAUCGCUUGUUUAUAGAAUAUUGGAUCUCUGAUUGACCGAAUGGUAUACUCUCUUACUCCACUUAAGAAAAGGUAAAUGCCACUAUGCAAACUUAAUCGAAACACUGUUGGCUUAGGAAUAUUUGGGUUUCAGGUGGGUGGAGGUGAGAUGUGACGAGGAGAGGAUGGUUAGAAGGACAGGUGGAAUAAGAUUUGGGGAUUAAGGAUAGUUAUAUUCCUGGAAUGAUAUUCCUGGAAUCUCCUCAGAGAUGAUGCUUCCAGUGAAUAACAGCAGACAGACAGUUCAAUAGACUGAGGCAUUACGGAUAGAAGUGAGGAAUAAUCAUUAGACUACUGAAUGACCUCUAGAGCUGAGUAACAGCAGACAGACAGUUCAAUAGACAGGCAUUCCGGAUAGAAGUGAGGAAUAAUCCAACUAGCCAGAUGCCAUUAGACUACUGAAUGACCUCUAGAGCUGAACAACAUCUAAGAGGACGUGGCAGGGACCUCUACUGAAGUCUAAAGAGGUUUAGAAUCGAUUCAAUGUCAAUCCAUCAACAUGACACAAUCUGUUUGUGAAGACGAAUGCAAGGUGUUUUGGGUGAAGAUCAAUUAUGACUGUGAAACGAAUGAACCACAACUGGGUUUUAUUCUGUGUGGAGAAAUGUGAAGCGGGUUAUCCGUUAAACAGUAAAUCACAUUUCAAUGGCCUAACCGGUAGGGGAUAGAAUACCAAACAGACCUUAGAUCAGCUUCUAGGGACAACUUAAUCCUUUAAAUGGCUCAGUGAGAGACUCUAAAGACCACCCUGAGAGAAGAGUCCACUCACAGACAGACAGAGACAGACAUCCUGUUUAUUUAUUCACAUGUUGACUUGACAACGCUGCAUUUAUUUAUUACCUUUAUUUAUUAAUUGGCAGCUGUGUUUCUCUCUUUGAACUUACAAUUGGUUGACCGAUUGGUUGACUGAUGCUCUUGGGAAAGUUGCUGUACAGCGGUUUGUUUGUGGUUUUUACUGUUAUGAUGGGACAAAUUUUAGGGGGAUGAUUGGACUUUUGUGCCUUUACCAAAUAGGAUGUGUACAAAAAAACAAAGCAUUUUAUUCUUUCAAAGCAUUUUCUACUGCAUUUUGAUAAUUUGCUUGUCUUUCUUAAUAGCACAGUGCACAAUCAGUCGAAUAACACAGUACACAACGCCUAAUUCCUGCCUUCAAUCUCUUAUCUGGCUUCCAGGGGUCUGUUGGGCAAAACUAGCUACCUACAGAUCCCACAACAGCAAGGCAACCUCUACUCCAAGCUGUGCAGUGGUCAUGUGUACAACACAAUAGUAUUCUAUACAUAUACAUCAUAGUCUUCUAUGAACUAACGACAGUGGCUAAUUUAUUUCAGUUUUUAGAUUGACAGUUGCCUCUUCUCCUGGGUGUAUUUUAUAGUUGAUUAUGUAGGUCUGACUGGAGGAUAUGAUCAGCGCUUGCUAUCUCCUGGGUGUAUUUUAUAGUUGAUUAUGUAGGUCUGACUGGAGGAUAUGAUCAGCGCUUGCUAUCUCCUGGGUGUAUUUUAUAGUUGAUUAUAUAGGUCUGACUGGAGGAUAUGAUCAGCGCUUGCUAUCUCCUGGGUGUAUUUUAUAGUUGAUUAUGUAGGUCUGACUGGAGGAUAUGAUCAGAGCUUGCUAUCUCCUGGGUGUAUUUUAUAGUUGAUUAUAUAGGUCUGACUGGAGGAUAUGAUCAGCGCUUGCUAUCUCCUGGGUGUAUUUUAUAGUUGAUUAUAUAGGUCUGACUGGAGGAUAUGAUCAGCGCUUGCUAUCUCCUGGGUGUAUUUUAUAGUUGAUUAUGUAGGUCUGACUGGAGGAUAUGAUCAGCGCUUGCUAUCUCCUGGGUGUAUUUUAUAGUUGAUUAUAUAGGUCUGACUGGAGGAUAUGAUCAGCGCUUGCUAUCUCCUGGGUGUAUUUUAUAGUUGAUUAUGUAGGUCUGACUGGAGGAUAUGAUCAGCGCUUGCUAUCUCCUGGGUGUAUUUUAUAGUUGAUUAUAUAGGUCUGACUGGAGGAUAUGAUCAGCGCUUGCUAUCUCCUGGGUGUAUUUUAUAGUUGAUUAUAUAGGUCUGACUGGAGGAUAUGAUCAGCGCUUGCUAUCUCCUGUGUGUAUUUUAUAGUUGAUUAUGUAGGUCUGACUGGAGGAUAUGAUCAGCGCUUGCUAUCUCCUGGGUGUAUUUUAUAGUUGAUUAUAUAGGUCUGACUGGAGGAUAUGAUCAGCGCUUGCUAUCUCCUGGGUGUAUUUUAUAGUUGAUUAUGUAGGUCUGACUGGAGGAUAUGAUCAGCGCUUGCUAUCUCCUGGGUGUAUUUUAUAGUUGAUUAUAUAGGUCUGACUGGAGGAUAUGAUCAGCGCUUGCUAUCUCCUGUGUGCUUCUUGGCGCUCGUCAAACUUAAAAACGUGAGGAUCAGAGCUAAAAGGGAGACAGUAUGAAUAUUUAUUUUGCACCAUCAUCGUAAGCUGCUAUACAUAAUAGGACUAAAACAUGAUUGAAAUAUUCCUCAUAACAAAUCAUUAAUACACAUGUAUUUACUAAUGACACAUAUGCCAUUCAGCAGACGCUUUUUAUCCAAAGCGACUUACAGUCGUUUGUGCAUACAUUUUCACAUAUGGGUGGUCCCUGGAAUCAAACCCACUGUCCUGGCAUUGCAAGCACUAUGCUCUACCAACUGAGUUCCAGAGGAAAUACACGAUACAGGGUUUACAAAGAGUUUACUUAUACUUAAUCAACUGUUUAUAUGCAGAGCUUCCAGUAAAGCACUGCUAAAACAAGUUCAUAUGGUUGCAUCCAUACUCCCUAUAGCUUUCUCCAAGGAGAGCCACAACUGAACACACAAUCACUGGUAGCCUCCAUGUUACCUACCUACUGUCUUUACUUGGGGCUGGGGGAUGUUUUUAUGCUUGAGGUAUAAGUUGCUCUUAACCACAGGUCUAUGAUCAGAUUUUUCCUACCCCCAAUCCUAACUUUUACCAUUAGGGGUUGAAAACACACCUGAUCCCGGGCCUGUGGUUAAGGGCCACUUCUUCCUACUUGUGUUUUUUAUACAGCUGUUUUGUGACAGAGAAACUGAUUGCACAGAUUUUUGUGAUCUCUUUUCCAUGUAUGUUUUCUACUGCAGAGACCACCGCUGAUUGGUCAGAAAUAAUAUGUCUUGUUUAUUUCAACUGCCUUUUUAUAUCUUAGUAGAUGCUGUACUCACCCCCUCUACUCCUCCCCCUCUCUAUCCUCCGCCCUCCCUUCUGCUCCUCUCUAUCCUCCUCCCUCACUCCUCCCCUCUCUCUACUCCUCCCUCCAACCCUCUACUCCUCCCUCCCUCCUCCUCUCUAUCAUCCGCCCUCCCUCCUCACCCUCUCUCAACUCCUCCCUCCUUCUCUGCCACAUUCUACUACUUUUGCCCUCCUCCCUUUCUCUCAUAUCUGUUCAUCCCUUUCUCUCCCUCUCUUACCUUCUCUCUCACUAUUUCUCUGUUUCUCACUCUUACUCUGCUGUCACUCUGUGUUACUCUUCGGAGUACUUUUUACAUUGAUGGCACAAAAAUAAAAUCUUUUAAUAAAUGAAACUUUUGAAGAUUAA